CGGACGUCGCUCGAGCAAAACCUCAACAGCCAACCAUCAAACCAGACCAACCAAACCAAACAAACACACCCCGCCUCCUCCCUCCUCGCUCCCACCACGACUUGUUUGCUUGCGUGUACGACGUGCCAGCCAGCCAGCCCGCCGGCUCGCUUGCAACAGCACAGCAACAGCAACAGAAACAACACAGAAACAGCAUAGAAACAGCACAGAAACAGCAUAGAAACAGCACAGCGCUUGGAGCCUUGUUUCUUUUCGCUUCAUUUGCGUUUACUUGUGUUUGGGACUGUGUUUUGGGCGUUCUGUCAGUCCGUCGUGCUUGAACAGCACAGAGGCAGCAAGCAUGUCGCACCAUCAGCACCACCAGCGCUUCACGGGCGUGAUGAAGCUGCGGGUGGAACGCGCAGAGAACUUGAAGCUGCCAGAUGUGUCUGGAAACCGCCUGCGGUCCGUCAACCCAUACUGCAUCAUCAACAUUGACGAGGACGUCGUGGCCAGGACACAGGCUGUGCCCAAGACCUUGAACCCGGUGUGGGAGGAGGAGUUUGAGACAUCCACGCACCGCGCACACCACUUGGAGAUUAUUGUCAUGCACAAGGACGUCAUUGGUGGAGGAAACUUCAUUUCCAGUAUCAAGGUGCCCACUUCCGAGGUCAUCGAAGGCGCCAAGGGCAAAGUCGACCUUUGGUUUGAGCUUGAACCUGCUGGUCGGAUCAAGCUGCAAAUCGAAUAUGCUCGCACAAGCGCAGCCGACCGAGAGUUUGUUGCGUCAAAAGUUGCACCGGCACGCCGUGGUGCAAUGAAGAGAAAGAAGAUCCACGAGGUGAACGGGCACAAGUUCAUUGCGCGCUUCUUCAAGCAGCCAACCUUCUGCUCCCACUGCCGCGACUUCAUGUGGGGCUUUGGCAAGCAGGGCUACCAGUGCAAAGUGUGCGGUGCUGUUGUGCACAAGAAGUGCCACCAGUCUGUCGUCACGCGCUGCCCUGGGUCGGCGGUCGAUGCCGGCAAGACUGGAUUCAGUGUCAACGUGCCGCACCGCUUCAAGAUCCACACGUACAUGCGCCCAACGUUCUGUGACCACUGCGGCUCGCUGCUGUGGGGGUUGAGGCGGCAGGGGUACCAGUGCCAGACGUGCAAGUGCAACACGCAUGCGCGGUGUCGCGAGCACAUGCCGUCCAACUGCGGCGUUGACGCAAAGAAGCUCGCAGACACACUUGCACAGCUCAAGACAAGCGCAGACCAGCUCAGCAAGCGCAAGUCUGGCUCGUCACCCAAGGUGCACAAACUCAGCAGCGACGCGUCGGCCCCCGGUGGCGCCAAGACGCCGACGAAGCCGCGCAGGGCGCCGAAAGCAAAGGUGUCUGGUGCGAGCAUUGCAGACUUCUCACUGCUGAAGGUGCUCGGACGCGGGUCGUUUGGAAAAGUGCUGCUGGCAGAACACAAAAAGUCAAAGCAGAUCUGCGCCAUCAAAGUGCUGCAGAAGGUUGCCAUUCUUGAGGACGAUGAUGUGGAGUGCACCAUGACAGAGCGUAGGGUGCUUGCCCUUGCAAACGACCACCCUUUCCUCACCAAGCUGCACGCGUCGUUCCAGUCUGUCGACAAACUCUUCUUCGUCAUGGAGUAUGUGUCUGGCGGUGACCUCAUGUUCCAGAUUCAGCGCGCGCGCAAGUUUGACGAGGCUCGCUCUCGCUUCUACGCGGCAGAGAUUGUGCUCGCACUGCAGUUCCUCCACUCGCACAACGUCGUGUACCGCGACCUGAAGCUUGACAAUGUCAUGCUUGACGCAGAGGGGCACGUCAAGCUGGCUGAUUUCGGCAUGUGCAAAGAGAACAUCACGGACGAUUCGCUCACAAACACGUUCUGCGGCACACCAGACUACCUUGCGCCGGAAGUGCUGAACGAGCAGGACUAUGGGAUGAGUGUGGACUGGUGGGCGCUGGGCGUGCUGCUGUACGAGAUGCUGGCCGGCCAGCCCCCCUUUGACGGCGAGGAUGAGGACGAUUUGUUUGAGGCGAUUCUGGAGGACGAAGUCCUCUUCCCCGUGUGGAUCAGCACCGAUGCACAGGCCAUCCUCACAGCGUUCCUGACGCGACCGAUUGACCGCCGGCUCGGGUGCGGUCCCAACGGCGAUGCUGAUAUCCGCGGCCACCGCUUCUUCCGCGGUCUCGACUGGCAGCGUCUCGAGAACAGGCAGAUCCCGCCCCCGUUCAGGCCCAAAGUGCGCGGAGAGAAGGACACGGGCAACUUUGACGUUGAGUUUACGAGCGAGGCGCCACGCAUUACGCCAACAGCAAAGGGAAUUCUGGAAGGCAUUGAUCAGGAGGCGUUUACAGACUUUACAUACACCGGACCACAGGACUCUCCAUUCAACACUGCGACAGCAUAGUUUCACUGUUGUUGUUGUGUGCGUAUGUGUGUGUGUGCGUGUGUGUGCGUGAUUCUGUCGACACAUUGGCCUGACAUCCGCCUUGUUGCUUCCCUCUUCCCUUCUCGUUUCACAUUCUGUCUGGCAUCGUAACUGCUGUGCGCGUGCGUUAAUGCGCUCCCGUCGAUUGCCUGCCUGUUCAUCAUGCCUGCUGCGCUUGUUGUUUGUUGUCAAUUUGCACAAGUAGAACUGCUUUCCAUGUGACUUUAUCGAGCGAAUGAUACGGAAAAAAAACAGCGCCACGC